AUGGCAAUUUCAUUAGAUGAAGGCAACAUCAAUUUAACUAAUCAGUUUACGGAAGACAUGGCAACUACUUCCUCUGAAAUAUCACAACCAACUAUUGUUAAUGUUAUACAAAAACCUUCUGUGAAUAUUAUUGAUAGAAUUAGAUAUAAAAUAGGAUUACGUAAUGAAUUAUAUCGUAAUUUAAUUGUCGAAUGUUUUUGUACUGGAUUUUUGUGUUUUGGAGGUUUUACCUCUAAUUGCCAAUAUGUAUUAAGUUAUUCACAAAAAAAUAACUAUUUAGCUGUUACAAUUGGAUGGUCAUUAUCAUUAAUGUUUGCCGUUUACAUGUCUUUUCGUACCUCUGGUGGACAUCUUAAUCCUGCUGUAUCAUUAUUUCAACUUACAAUGGGAAAUAUUAAUGCAUUAACAUUUAUCUUAUAUAGUAUUGCUCAAACUAUUGGUGCAUUUUUUGGAUCAUUAUUUGCUUAUAUUUUAUAUAUAGAUGCCAUUGAUAAUUAUGAUGGUGGUAAUAGAUUUGUAACUGGACCUAGAGCUACUGCUGGUAUAUUUGCUACAUACCCUCAACAUUAUUUAUCAAUUUUUGGUGGUAUUUUUGAUCAAGUACUAGGAACUGCUAUAUUAUGUUUUCUUAUUGGUACUAUUACUGAUAAAAGAAAUAGAAUUGGUUAUACAUUUCAACCACUUCUUAUUGCUUUAGUACUUUUAUUCAUUGGUCUUACAAUUGGUAUGAAUUCUGGUUAUGCUAUCAAUCCUGCAAGAGAUAUUGGACCUAGACUUUUUACACUUAUUGCUGGAUAUGGAUGGAGAGUUUUUUCAUAUAGAAAUUAUACCUGGUUUUGGAUUCCUAUUUUUGCACCACUUCUUGGUGGUGUUAUUGGAGCAUGGAUGUAUCAAUUAAUUAUUGGAAUUCACCUUCCAGAUAACACUUAUGAGGAUGAAGAAUUUUAUCGUUCAACACAUCCUGAAAAUCAACAUAUUAUGGCAAAUACAUAUGAAGUUAAAUCUGUUGAUGUUAGAAAUGUUAAUCCAAAUGGAAUGCAAAAAGGAUAUCCAUAUACAAAUACAUCUACUGAUCAAUCAUAUUAUACUGAAAGACCACAUCAAAGUCGAGAAUUUGUGUAA